UGCUUAGAUCUAUUUAGAAGAUUUAAUUUUCCUUUUUUGUUUUCUGUCAUUAACUUCUUGUUUAAAGCUCGAGUAGAGACGUGAAGGGAGCUGGUUUUGUGAAUGUAAAACCUGUAAAUCUAGGAGGGCAACAGGAAGUGAUGCCUCUUUGUUGCCAGUUUGACCUGUGUCAUCAGAUCAUGGUGUGCAGGGACUGAUGGAAGGAAAGCAGGUCCGAUGAACAGUUGGCUGAAGACGUCCCUCGGUAGAGACUUCGGGGCAGUAGUGAUACAGUGGAAGCAACUCAAAGGAAAGACAGCACUCCAGACAAGUGCGGGGUGGGUGCACCUCGGUAGGACCAGAUAGAGUAGGUCUUACACAGUGAACGGAAGGGCACUGGAGUGCUGUGGAAAGGGAUCUGGAAAUACAGGUCUAUAAUUCAUUCAAAGUGGCGGCACAGGUAAGUAGAGUCGCAAGGCUUUUGACACAUUGGCCUUCAUAAAUCACAGUAAUGAGUACAGGAGACGAAAUGUUACCUUGAAGUUGUAGAAGAUGGUGAGGCCUAAUUUGGAGCAUUGUGUGCAGUUUUGGUCACCUACCUACAGGAAAGGUACAAAAUUUACAAAGAUGUUGCCAAGGCUGGAGGACCUGCGUUGUAAGGAAAGAUUGAAUAGGGUAGAACUUUAUUCUUUGGAAUGUAGGAGAAUGAGGGCAGAUUUAAUGAGUAUACAUUAUAAGGGGUAUAGAUAGGGUAAAUGUAAGGUUUAUUUUUUUCCACUGAGGUUGGGUGAGACAGGAAGUCAUGGCUUAAGGAUGAAAGAAACAUAGAAAACCUACAGCAUGUUACAGGCUCUUCAGCCCAUAAAUAUGUGCUAAAUACAUUUUACCUUAGAAAUUACCUAGGGUUACUCAUUUUUCUGAGCUCCAUGUACCGGUCCAGGAGUCUCUUAAAAGACCUUAUCGUAUUUCUUCAACAGUUUGAACGGGACACGACUGAGCAAGCGCAUGAGAGGCGGCGGGAGAGUAAAAAAGCGUGCAGAUUAACAGAGUAGGCAGGCUUUGGCUCGAGAGGCUUCGGACGAGCUUGCUCUUAUUCAGUUCAUGUCGAAAUCUUAGAGGUUGUUGCUGACAAAUGAGUACCUCAAGAAGCACUGAGGAUCACCUGGGGACUAGCAUGAAUUACUGUCCUUUCAAGAUGGAUUGGCUGGACUCCAGCUUCCAGGAAACAUUAUUCCCUGGUAAACCAUGGCACAAGGUUUAUGAAAAAUUAGAUUCUGCCCUUGCUUGUGAAAUUAAGGAUCAAUUGAAGAAUCCUGAAAGAAAACAGAUAAUUCUUCAACUUUUGGGGCGUGCGUUUGUACAGAAGCACCUCAUCAGCCAUCUGGAGCAGCCUGACUCUUUGCAUCCACCCAACAUUACUGUUGGACACCCUGAACAUCUACUUCAGGAUACACGAGUGUGGUUGCAAGAAAUUGUGUUGAAGGCAGCUGAGAAGUGUGGUUGCCAAAGGAGACUGGCUGGUGAUUAUUCUGACCAAUCAUCGGAGAUGAUCAAUUUCAUUGAUGACACCAAAAAUCUGAUUUUCACGAAAAUGGAACAGCUACUGGCAAGACAUGAGGCAAAGCAAAAUGACUCUGAUUCUGAUUUGGCACAGAAAUCGGUUACAGAACAGUAUUCGUGGGCAGAAUUGGCUGGAAGACGACCAAAGUCAGUAGAGAGUAAAGAUCUGCACCUGACAAUGCGGAGACGAUCUGAAUUUCAAUUAAAUUCAAAUGGUGACAACAACCUGAAGUCCAAGUUUAAUCCUCCACCACUAAGCUGCGUGCAGAGUGAGGCACUUGGAAGCUCUGUCCGUGCCAUCCUCGAGUCAGAUCGGCAACAGAUGCAUGCCAUUUGUGAACGGCUGAAAGGAAAGUUGCUUCCAUCGACACUCAGAAGUUUCACUUGGUUGGAUAAGCUGCUGAAAAUGAAUGAAAACUACCAAACCAGAGUUUCAACAGAUGUUGAGAAAAAUAUCAGGGAGAAAUUUGGAUGGGUACUUCAUCGCAGAGUCGCUCAACUGAAAUUGAGAAGUGCAACACGAUCUCCUAUUUCAGGAUUAGUGGAAAACGCUGUAGUUGAGAAAUUUGAGAAGACACCCUGCAUGCAGCCCUUUGCCACAAAUGAGCGGAUGAUUUUGGAAGCCAGCAAGGCACUCAAUGUCCUAUAUGUUUAUGAUGGAACAUUCCAACCGUACCUAAUAUACUGGCUCUUUCCUCUUCAAGUUGCUUUUAAACAUUCAUCAUCUAAGUCUGAACAUCCAUAUGAGCUAGCCAUGUAUCUGCACCUGCUCAUUCAUAAUCUAUUCCCAACAUGGCCUGAAAUUUUUGGAAUGGCAGAAAGAGUGAUGAAUCGUCUAGAGAAUGAAGACCCAGAACUCUUUGCUCACCUUCAUUCUUCAUUCACCAAAAAUGCCUUGCUUGAUCCCAUGCAAUUUUUCCAGGAAAAGAUACAGACUCAAAAGUUCAACAACUCUGAAGAUAGGCAUCACAACAGCAAAGAGUGUUUGGAAAACCCAAUUAUACUCCUCAGGAAGUGGAUGGGAGAGGGUUUUGUGGGCAUUUUGGAUCUGCCAGCUGUGCUGCUGACCUGGGACCAGCUCUUUAUGCAAGACUGGAAGACUCAGGUGAUGGAGGAUUUCUGCCUGACAAUCCUCCUGCUAUUGAGGGAGCCUUUAAUGGAAGCUGAUGAUCAACACAGUCUGAAACAGGUUUUCUUUUCUUAUGCCGACCACCUGUACACAGUAGAUAUUCAAAGAUCUUGGAUCCACUUACAACAAGGUGGCUUACCAGCUGAUAUUCCUGGGUUGAACCGACUUAAAUUAAGAAAUCUUUAUGGACCAGAUCCAAAGAACAAAAGAGCUUUGACAGAUACCAAUGACCCCGAUACUAAAGUCAUAUUGGGUGAGAUCCGACCUUUUGGAGUAAAGAAUAUAUCAGUGGAACUAUAUUUACUGAAAUCCAAAUCAGAGGAGUGGUUAAAGGAUUUUAACCCACUUGCUGUAAAGUUAACUGUUUCUAUAUUCUAUGGAAACUUGAAAUUGUGCUCAAAGUCGUCUAUAUCCAAGCCAAUCCUUUUGAAAUUGACUGAAGAAGGAGCAUCCAGUGAGGCAGCAGUGACUGAAGUAACUCUCAAGUUUGAUGAUAAAUUUGAGUUUGAGUCAUUCGAUCCAUCUAAGCUCAAAGUCACAAAUUCAACUGGCCAACCAUAUGUCUUUAUCAAACUGCUGCAUUGUCCCACUAUGGAAGAUCUUGGAACAAUACUCAUGGGCUGGAUUAAGAUAGACCUAUUUCAUCAAGAAACCACAGUAUCUGGGUUUGUAUGGGUAUCUCAACCACAAUUUCUGGACAUUAUACUGCAUCCAGGAAAACUCCCUGACAACAUUAUUGAUGAAGAUCCAUCUUACUGCAAUUCAGAACUUAUCCAGCAAGGGUCUAAGAUCACACUAACUGUUUAUGAUCCAUUCCUGGAAACUCAGAGGCAUCAUGACCAGCAAGCAGAAGGAAACAAUGACUCUUCGCGCUGUAAAAAGGAGGAGGAGGAGCGUGGGAGAUUUGAAAAGGGAUCAUUAAGAUCUUCAUCCUCUGAUGACCACAUUCUAACUGUACCAUGGGUUGCCCAUAAUCCAGCCGUGGCGUUACCAGAUCCAGCUAGGGCAAAUGAGCCUUUUGAUCUGUACAUUGAUGCAAUACAUUAUAUUCCAGACAAUGCAACCAUCACCAAGGUGACGGGACAGCUAAUGCAUUCCAGCAGGGAUGACAUUCCUGACAUUUUGGCUUUUCCUGUAAUCACCAGCCAAGCAAGGUGCCCAGAGUUCCUCUACCGUAUGACUGUAAACGUGAAAGGCAAAGAAACUCUAGAUCCCAACGCACUUGUCUUACUUAGAGUGUACACAGUUGAUUCCGACACUGGCAGACUGUUUGUUAUAGGGAAUACUGUGAUUUCCUUGUUCAAUGAACAUGGAGAUUUAAAUGUUGGAGGAUUCCAGCUCAAACUGAGAGGGGGGAUGCCAUCAAAAGGUCAGACUCUUCUCACUGCAUCAUCUCUAAAUCAUUAUCCUAUGAUUCCCUGCUGCAGUUUAUUAAUCCGACUUUUGCCACACACACAGGAUCCUGUGCCCCCUCCAGGAUAUCUGAGCGGAUUUUACUUCACAGAGGAUGCAAAACCAAAUAAAUCUGAGCUGGAAGUUAUUUCAUCCUUCCAACAGGACAAGGAAUUCACAGUCUCUGUGGGUGACGUAGCAGCAAGCCUAAUGAGGAAGGAGCAGUCUGAAGAGCAGUGGAAAGCCUGGUAUGAGGAAAGACUAGAUGGGAGGAAGCACCUUCCUUCUCAGCAGCCACCAGAGCACCUUAGUAUAACCCGUAUGGUUCGGUAUCGGCAACGAGCUGGAUUACGCGUCCGAAUUUCCCAAGUUCAUGGAUUGAAACGAGAUGGCUUUUAUGUGAAUGCUUUUGCCAGAAUCCUCAAAGGAGACGGUGCAUUGCAUUUACCUAAGGUAGCAGAAUUCAGUGAUAAAGAUGAGAAAUUCUUGACCCGUAAACAUGACUUUUCCAGCCUUCAGAGAUCACCUCGCUGGAUAGAUACAUCUCAAGUGUUACAUCCGAAUUGGGAUACCCACAGUGUGUUGCUCAUCCAGAUAUUCAGCAUCAAUGUUGUGUACACUCCUGACCGUAGUGGUCAGGAACCAGGCCAGGUCACAUCACACUCAGGACGAGAGCCAGAACCAAAUGAUCUGUUACAGCUUGGGUGGUCAGCAAUCCCUCUUUUUGAUGGCCCUUAUGUGAAGACGGGAGUUCACAAUGCUCCACUUUUUCAAGGCUCUCCGCAUGCUAAUUUUCUGGAUUAUGUGAUUUCACGUUCUGUGAAAUCAGUUAUGGAUGAGUUUCUGUACAAAAAAUGGUUAAAACUCACAAAAGAAUACAGCAGUAUUACAAUAGAAGUGUGGGAUGGACAUUACUUUGACGAUGAACGCAUUGAUUUACCGGUUAUUAAUGAUCUUCUCACAGUGGAUAAAACUAAUAAAUUCCUAAAAGUGCAAUCUCACAAGAAAGGAAGAGAUAUGACCCAGCUUGUCUUGCAGUGCUUGGAUCAGAGAAUCCAGAAAGCUGGAAGAAAUCACCCGGAAUACAAACUCGAGGAACAGUUCUUUGAAGAAGCUAUGGCAGAGACAUUCUGCAGGCUCGUGGAGGAAGCCUACAUGGUCACGGGGAGGACGUACAAACUCCUUACAGACAGCAGCGGGAAUUGAACCUGGCUUGCUGGCACUGAUAGAGUUGUGAUAACUGCUCCGCUAGAGAGCUGCUCCCUAUUAUGAGUCAGCACUAAUGACGACAGGAUAUGGACCUCUCUGAAUGAUAGCCAGAUGGAGUAAGGUUUCUGCAGUUGUAAAUGCACCACAUAUAAAUUUAAUGACUUGAAAAGGAUUUGUAACCUUCACAUAAAUGAUUCUUGUAUUAUAGUGUAACUAGGAAAUUUUAUCUGCAAUAUUUUUGUCUUAAGAGGCCGUGAUGUUUCUGCACCAGUUUUUAUUAUUACUUGACAAAAGUUUUAGUGAGAAUAUGACAUGCCAAACAAGUGGGAACUUGCUUGGAAAAGCAAAAUACUACAAAUACUGGAUACCUGAAUUAAAAGAGAAAAUGUGGAAGUACUCAGCAGUGGAAGCAGCUAAAAUGGAGGGAAAUGUGCAAAGUAGAAUUAACAUUUCUGAUCGAUGGUUUUUCAUGAAAACUCAUCAGAUGACCUGCUGCCUGCUUGGAGACAAUGACCAUUGAUUUAAAUGGGACCAUUUUAACCCAAUGCACUAUCAGCAAGGCAGAGUUCAUGGUUACACUGUGGCAACACCUCUGAAAGAGGUCAAAUUAACUCCUUCAAGCUUCUGAAGAAAUCAAGAUCAUUCUGCAACAGGAACAUAGGACAUUGCAAGAAAUUGCUUUUAUUACUUUCUCUGUCAAAACCCUGUUGAAGAUAUUUUCCCAAAGGAUUAUCAAGAUACAGAAAUUUACAGAUGAUGAAAUGGUGCAUUCUCAACACCAAGCAUAUCUCAACAUAUCAACUAUUAGUGGACCUUCUGUUUAAAUGAUUUGGAAAGGAAAUCAGGGAGUUUCAUUUACCAAUGUGCCUUCCAUCCCACAUACUUUUUAGUUAUUCACUACACAAGUAAUUCAGUGCAUAUGGGUGUCAAUGCAAUAGCGUUAAGUGGGUGAAGCUUGAAAACAGCAGACAAGCUUAGCAGAGAAAUGGUGAGAGAAUAAGAUCACUCCGUUGUCAUUUCUUUUUACUAUAAUGUAACUAUCAGGCAGGAGGUAAACUCUUGCAAAAUAAUUCUCUGAGGCUCUUUUAAAGACAAAAAGAUGAAAGUACCAUUCUUAAUCUUCAUAUAACCCAGUGCAUUUAAGUUGUUUCUUUUCUAUUUCUCUCAUUGUGUUAAGUCUGAGGCUCAGUAAUUUGUCUUCAAAUUGCUGUCUCUGUGAGAUGAAUGUAUGUUUUGUGGACUAGGGGAGUUAAAAAGCUUAGACUCAGUAGAGGGUCAUGAAUGAUAAACCUUACUGGAGGCAAAAUAAAAAAAUAAAAAAAAGGUCAAGAACAGAAUAAAAUGCUCUCAUCUA